AUUUAGUUAAAGAGAAAGGCGUAGUUGUUAUGAAUAAAAAGAAAUUAGGGCAGGGGAGAGGGGAAAGUGCAAAUUGCAAAGAGAAGAUGAACAGCGACACAAAAGCGAAAAGCGGUGGCAACGUUGGAGGGGGGUUUAGGUCGAAGUUGAAUCACUACCUCUAUAGCGGUGAAAAGAAACAUGUUUUCAUUGGUUUAACUCUCAUCACAGGUGUCUUUGCCAUCCCAUGGAUCCUUAUGAACAGAGGGAGCAAACACCAGUCUCAUCAAGAUUACUUAGAGAAAGCCGAUAAAGCAAGGAGCCAAAGACUCUCAUCCAGUUCUCCUUCUGUCAAAUGAUCUUCAUCAGCAGUCUGUUAGAGAGACACUUUGCCGGUAAUACUAAAUUAAAAGGCGUCAAAUAUGUUUGUUAGAUGUCCUUUUCUCUCCAGUUUUAUCCUGUGGAGUGGAGACCCAUUUUCCUUUUUCCAUUGUCCUGUUACUGCUAAAUUGGUCUUAUUGUUGGGGGGAAAAAAUAAUUAUGUAUAAGAAAUUUUCCUUAUGUAAUAAAAUUAGUUUGGAAUGAUUUGCCUGUUUGAAGCAUAGUAACUGGAUAGGGAGACUUCUCAUUAUUUGUGUGCACACGCAGAAUAUGUUUCUCGUUUGCUUAUGCAUUGGUAAUAAUUUCAGUUC